AUGAGUACAGCUGAUAAUGUUGAGUUGCAUGACGGUGGACCGGUCGCCGCUGCUCGUGCGUACGGCCCAGUCGAAGAGUCGCGACAUAUAUUGGCGAUCUCGGUGGGACAUAAGGUCCGAACUAUCGCGACUACUUUGAGAGUUAAGAGCACGGCGCUCGAUGAGGUCUAUGCUAUGUUCGAGGAGCACUCCGAGGUCCAGGAGGAGCCGAUCGAAGAUGAAGCCGACUUGAGUCUGUUUGUGGAGUCUGCUCCUGAGGAGGUCAAAGAAGAUGUAUUAGAUCUGAUCGGAGACCAGGGCGGCUUUGACCCGGUUGACUGCGCUGUGUUUGCUCAGUACGAGAAUCUCAAGAGUUACCUCACCCUCGGACUGAGGGCGAGAUGGGCCGAUCCUGGUGGAGUUAGGUCGAUCCGACCCCAGAGGAAGCCGAUUCGUUCUGAGUUGUGGGCUAGCGAGUACUCGCCCUUCGCUGGCGAUCUUCCCGGCUCCUUCAUUGAGAGGAUCAUCCGCCGACGGAGUGACUUCGUGAGAGGUCAGCUUGGUGAGAGAGAGCCGAUCUAUAGACAGACGAAUCCGACCGAGCCUGAAUCUGGUCCUUUGAAAGGACCAGAAAAUUUGAAAAUGAGAGAUUUUGACGCACGAUUAUAG